AUGUGCAACUACGCCGGAUGUUCUUCCUGCGUGCAGCUCAAGGCGCGGCGAGACAGCGACCCCUUCACCAUGGCGUCACUUCACCCUAACAGCGGCAUGUCUCCUCUCCAGCCCAACCACCCAAACCUCCAGCCGCACCACUCUCAUCAGCACGAGCACGAGCAUGAGCACCACCACCACCACAACCACGCUCCGCCCCGCCGGAACUCGAGAUGGAGCUUCAGCAGCAACGAGAUCGUGCUGAACCGCCUGAGCGAGAUCCUGGCCCCCUUUGACGCCACCCGCGGCGAGGCCAGCAUCAGCGAGUACCCGGAGGACGACCUGGAACACGGACCGGAGAUGGACACGAUCCCGAUUGCGCCACCAGUGCCCAUCAAAGACGAGGCUCUGUACAAGGCAGCGCGCGACCAGCACAACCAGAGGAAUGCCAACCCGGCGGCGACCGCCGCUGCCGGCCGAAUCUGGAGGCUGCCGGAUGAGCUGAAAGGUCCCGCCCGGCUGCGGCCCCUGGAGCAGGACGAGGAGUCCAGUCCCACGUCGGAGGAUUCGGCGGCGGACGGCAUGUCGCGCACCCGCGAGGCCGUCUUCGUCAGCACCAUCUGCAUGGCGCAGCUGUGCACCCAGGCGGGCCUCGGCCAGACGCUGGCUAUCAUCCACGUGGUGGGCGAUACGUACGGCAUUAGCAACCCGCGAGACCUGAGCUGGCUGAUCGCGGGGUACACACUGUCGAUCGGGACCUUCAUCCUGAUCGCGGGCCGGCUGGGCGACGCGUACGGGUACAAGCGCGUGUUCCUGGCCGGGUUCGCAUGGUCGGCGCUGUGGGCGGCCGUGGCGGGCACCGCCGUCUGGUCUACCCACGUGCUCUUCACCGUGUGCCGCGUGCUGCAGGGGCUGGGCGCCGCCAUGUGCCUGCCCAACGCCAUUGCCCUGCUGGGCGCCACCUACCCGCCCGGCAAGCGCAAGUCCAUGAUCUUCGCCAUCUUCGCCGCCACGGCGCCCUGCGGCUCCAUCCUCGGGGCUGCCGGCGGUGGCGUCUUUGCCCUCGUCUGGUGGCCCGUGGCCUACUGGGCGUUCGCGCUGGUGCUGUGCGUGGUGGCGACCGUCGGGUAUUACGUGAUCCCGGCCGUGGGCCACCGGUACGAGACGCCGGCCAGCUUCCCGGCGGCGAUCCGCGACCUGGACAUCCCCGGGGCGGUGCUGGGGGUGUCGGCGCUGGCACUGGUCAGCUUCGCCUUCAACCAGGGGCCGAUCGCGGGCUGGAGCGAGCCGUACAUUUGGAUGGCGCUGGUCGUGGGCGCGUUGCUCAUGUGCGUAUUCAUCAUGGUCGAGUGCCACUACGCGGCCAACCCCAUAAUCCCGCUCAACGCGCUCAAGCCCAACGUCUCCUUCAUCCUGGGCGCCGUGGCCUGCGGCUGGGGCUGCUUCGGCAUCUGGUCCUUCUACACGUGGCAGUUCCUGCAGGUGAUCCGACGCCUGUCGCCGCUGCUGACGACGGCCUGGUUCAGCCCUGUGGUCAUUGUCGGCAUACUGGCGUCGCUGACCACGGGGCUCAUGCUUCACCGGCUCGGGCCGCCGGUCGUCAUGACGAUAUCCAUGCUGGCGUUCACCAUAGGGACGCUGCUCAUUGCCACGUGCCCGGACACCCAGACCUACUGGGGCCAGACGUUUGUCUGCAUGCUAGUCAUCUCGUGGGGCAUGGACAUGAGCUUCCCGGCGGCGACGCUGUUGCUUUCUGAUUCCGUGAGCAGGAGACACCAGGGCAUCGCUGCAAGUCUCGUCAGCACGGUCAUCAACUACAGCAUCUCGGUGGGGAUUGGCAUCGGAGGGACCGUGGAGCAGCAGGUGACCAACGGCGCAGUCUCGUACGAUGCAGUGCUGAGUGGGUAUCGGGCUGCUCUGUGGACAGGCGUAGCGCUGGCUUCGCUCGGAGUCAUAAUCUGCCUGGGGUUCUUGUUCAAGAUGUUCCUGGAUAACCGCCCGUGGACCACUUGGAAUUGGGAGUGGGAGUUCAAGCGGCGCAACAAGAAGGAGGUGUGCUGCACUUGCCACGGCGUCCUGGAUGGGACCACUGUUGGAAGCCACUCGCCGGGCCAUCAAAUGACCUCGAUAUAA